CAACCACAAUGUCACCACCACCCACAAAAGGAUCCUCAAUCUUGAUCAUCGGCGGCGGAACAUGGGGCUGCAGCACAGCGCUCCACCUCGCCCGUCGCGGCUACCAAAGCGUCAAAGUCCUCGAUCCCUAUGAGAUCCCCUCGCCCAUCGCCGCAGGCAAUGACGUGAAUAAAAUCAUGGAGCACAAGGACUUGAAGCCUGGGAUAACCUCCCCCAAAUCCGCCGCCUUCGCCACAUUCACACGCGCCGCACUGGCAGGCUGGAAAACCGACCCCGUCUUCUCACCAUAUUUCCACGAAACAGGGUUCAUCGUCGCGGGGCAUACCCCCGAGCUCGUACAGCACAUCAAAGAAGGCGAAGUCGAUUUCUACGAGGGCGACUAUGUCGCGCUGAAUACGCCCGAGGACUUUCGUGCGACCAUGCCGGCGGGCGUUCUGACAGGCAAGUUUCCUGGGUGGAAGGGGUGGAUCAGUAAACGGGGGACUGGAUGGAUCCAUGCACGGAAGGCGAUGGUUUCGGCGUAUGCCGAGGCCAAGAGGCUCGGUGUGGUUUUCAUUACUGGAGAAGAGAAGGGGAGGGUUGAGGGGUUGGUGUUCGAGGGUGGGGAUGUUGUCGGGGCGCGGACGGCGGACGGAGUUGUGCAUCGCGCGGAGUAUACGAUUCUGGCAGCGGGGGCAGCGAGUGACGGUCUACUUGAUUUCAAGAAACAGCUUCGGCCGACGGCUUGGACAUUAUGCCAUAUCCGCAUGACGCCCGAAGAAGCGAGAGCAUACCGCAACCUGCCGGUCCUUUUCAACAUCGCCAAGGGUUUCUUCAUGGAGCCCGACGAGGACAAGCACGAGCUGAAGAUCUGCGACGAGCACCCGGGGUAUACGAACCUCGUUCCUGACCCGAAGCACGACGGGGCAGUGACGAGCGUCCCAUUUGCGCGGCACCAGAUCCCACUCGAGGCAGAAUCCCGCGCCCGGGACUUUCUGCGCGAUACAAUGCCGCAUCUGGCAGAGAGACCGUUUUCAUUUGCGCGGAUCUGCUGGGACGCUGAUACCCCGGAUCGCGCGUUUUUGAUUGAUCGUCAUCCCGAGUAUUCUUCGCUGAUUGUUGCUGUGGGUGGGUCUGGGAAUGGGGCGAUGCAGAUGCCGGCCAUUGGAGGGUUUAUUGUUGAUGCGUUGGAGGGGAGAUUGGCGGAUGAGGUGAAGGACGUUGUCCGCUGGCGGCCCGAGAUGGCUGUCGGACGUGACUGGAGUUCGACACAGGGACGACAUGGCGGGCCGGAGAGGGUGAUGGAUUUUCAGCAUGUCAAGGAUGAUACGUGGACGCAUAUUCAGGACGUCAAAUAAGCGAUACAACUGGGUACUGGUAGUGUGUAUCCUUGAAGACAAGUGAUAUUACUCUCGAUGACUCGGACAUGUCUGUAAACGAGGUCUGCACGAUAUACUCCAGCAGUGGACCAGGAUCGGCAUGUUCCAUGCCGCUGGCAUAUCUGUGUCCACUCCUGCUCGCUUUUCUGGCGUACGAGGGUUAUGGGAUGGAGCUGUUCUGAGAUGACUUUACGUUGAUUGAGCCGAUAUCCCAUCCCAGCUCCAACUAUGUCUUAGUCUUGCUAUCAAUAUAGGACAUACUUUGGGUUCGCCACGCGAAAAGCGGACGUUGACUUGGACCAAGGGGAUUUCCUGGUCGCGAAAACAUGGUUGCUUAGCGACUCUGUUCCAAGAUUCUCUCUCAAAAAAAAAUAACCCCCCUUCGCUCUUCCUUUAGCCGUCCAGGUCUUUCCACUAGAGAAUCGCGAUUUUUGAGAACUUCUAACUUGUAAUGUAGUAUUCUACGAACUGUAUUUA